GACGUCUGUCAGUUUACAAAGCUCUCCAAAGAGGAACAGAGACUACUUCAUUCAUCUGUACUCCUUUGAAUCUCAUCUUCAACCGAAAGCCUUUUUGGAAAAUGGUGAACAGCAGAGAAAUGGUGAAGAGCACCUUUGUCGCCCUGGUCCUUGUGGCGGUGGUUCAGUAUGUAUCAGCAGCAGAGAAGCUGGCAUCCUGCUGUAAGACUGUCACGAAACUGAAGAUAACCGAACCAAUCACAGGAUACAUGGUCCAGAGGCCGAAACCUCCAUGUGUCCUCGCUGUCAUCUUUCAGACACAGUCAGGUCUUUACUGCAGCCAGCUGACCGCACCAUGGGUUCGCCAAGAGAUCGCUGCAAUUGAGAGAGCUAAAGCUCGGGCAACUUCUUCUUCAGUGGUUCCUUCGUCAGCACCCUCCCUCCUCUCCAUCAUCACCUCCACUGCCUCCCGUCCGGCAUCCUCCACUCCUCUUUCUUCUUCUCUUCCUUCUUCCUCCUCUCCACUUUCUAGCUCUUCUCCUUCUUCAUCCUCCACUCCUCUUUCUUCUUCUUCUUCUCUUCCUUCUUCCUCCUCUCCACUUUCUAGCUCUUCUCCUUCUUCAUCCUCCACUCCUUUGUCUUCCACCUCUCCUGCCUCCUUUGCCCCAACAUCUGAGAUGCCAGCUGAUGAAACAUUUUCAGAGGACAAGGAUGAGUAAAUCUGCAUCUGAUCCUCCACCAGCCAAUGAAAAUGAAGACUGAAUUCAUCAAGAUGUUUACGAUUAUGGCUUCAAAACUGUAACAAGCUGAUAUUUAAAAAAGCAAAGCAAAAAAGUUACUAUGUUAAAUUAUCAUUUGUCUAAUAUUUUAGGUGGAUUUAUUUAUUAGUUUAAUUUAAUUGACCAGUCUUGAUAAAAGUAUUUAUGUAUUUAUUACCAAGUGUGUUUAUGAACGGUUAUAAGGUACUUUACAUAAGUACAGAGUGUAAUGUUAAUGAUGUGGCUGUAAGCAACUCAAUUUAUGAACUUGUUCACUGAAAUAUUUUAGGAUUUUUAUUUAUUUGAAUUCUUGAGCUUAUUUUUCUUCUAAAGAAGUUGUGACAAAAAAAUCUGAAAUAAAUGUUGCACAUGAGAUCGUU